CACUAAUCAAUAAAAUCACACAGUUGAUGUAAAUACAGAGUCUACUCCUCGAGAAAGAGAUAUUUUAUUUAUUUUUAUGGGACGUGAAGAAUCGUAGAAAGAAGAAAGAGGUUGAGCGUCCUAUAAAGCGUGAAUCAAAGCUGUUUUCAGGAGGGGAGGGUGGCUAAAGUCGUGAUCAGUCAUCGGGAUCUGAAUUAGAGAUGGCUGCGGAGAAGGAGCGAAAAUCUUCAGCGGUCUCCGACAUGGGAGCCUGGGCAAUGAAUGUGAUCAGCUCCGUUGGAAUCAUCAUGGCCAAUAAACAGCUCAUGUCUGCUUCUGGUUUCGCCUUUAGUUUCGCAACGACUCUUACCGGAUUCCAUUUUGCUCUAACCGCAUUGGUCGGUUUCGUGUCGAACGCGACGGGACUGUCGGCAUCGAAACAUGUCCCGAUGUGGGAGCUAAUCUGGUUCUCCAUUGUCGCCAAUGUGUCUAUAGCCGCCAUGAAUUUCAGCCUCAUGCUCAACUCCGUCGGCUUUUACCAGAUCUCGAAGCUGAGCAUGAUUCCUGUCGUAUGUGUCAUGGAAUGGAUCCUCCACAACAAACGAUACUCCAAACUAGUGAAACUAUCCGUCGUGGUUGUUGUCGUAGGUGUUGCUAUUUGCACUGUCACUGAUGUCAAAGUUAAUGCCAAAGGUUUCGUUUGUGCUUGCGUUGCCAUUUUCUCCUCGUCUCUGCAGCAGAUUUUAAUAGGUUCCCUGCAGAAGAAGUAUUCAAUUGGCUCUUUUGAAUUGUUGAGUAAAACAGCACCCAUUCAAGCUCUUUCGCUUCUCCUUGUUGGCCCUUUUGUUGAUUAUCUCCUCAGUGGCAAGUUCAUUGUCAACUACACUAUGUCUUCUGGUUGCUUUCUAUUCAUCCUUCUCUCAUGUGCCUUGGCUGUGUUCUGCAACAUAAGCCAGUACCUUUGCAUCGGGCGCUUUUCAGCAGUAUCGUUCCAGGUUAUAGGUCACAUGAAAACCGUGUGCAUCCUCACACUCGGAUGGCUCCUAUUUGAUUCUGCAAUGACUUUUAAAAACGUGUCGGGCAUGAUUGUUGCGAUUGUUGGGAUGGUGAUCUACAGUUGGGCCAUGGAAUUGGAGAAACAGUCAGCAAAGGCUUUGAGCACUGUGAAACACAGCUUAACAGAAGAGGAGUUUGAAUUUCUGAAGGAAGGUGUAGAAGAAACUACACACUCGAGAGAUGUUGAACUUGGUCACACAAAAGCUUAGUGAUGAUAGAAACAUAGUCUUCAGCUACAAUAUCUUCUGUUAUAAUCUGUAUUGUUUUGUGUUAAUUAAACCAAGGGGUGGUGGCCGAAUAAUGUAAAGGUUGAAUCCGAUCAAUCUACGCUUCGACCUAUGUCCCUUGGUUAUAAAAAAUAGGGAAGUUUACAUUAAUUUUCUCUAAAAAAUAAUGUUUUGUUGCUUA